CGUCCUUACAGUACUCCAAGGUCCGAGCGAGAUUCUGGCCAUACCAUUCCGUUUGGUACCCCCUCUCCAGGAAAUGAAUGGGAGACGCCUUUGCAGAGGACUGCUUCACCGGUUCUAACCGCCAAGUUCCAUCAAUGUGUGGUCCGGAAAACAUCCCUCUCAAUCCGUCACCUAGAGACGUUGAACCACCUGCGCUUCGAUCAGUCAGCCGUGUGCCAAUGCUGUUCCUCCGGGGCUAUGUACUGUAUGCAGGGCAUCGAUGGAUCGACGCUGGGAUCGACGAGACGAGACGAGACGCGCAGCAACGCCCGCAGCGGCCGCCGUCCCUUCUCCGACUUGCCCACCCAGUGCCCACGCUCCAUCCAGCAACCGCACUCCCACGGACGAAGGAUUAAGGAACCACUCUGCACUCUCAAAGACUCGCUCGUACUCGCCUUUCUACAUCUACUUCAUAUCGCCCGCUUCUAAUAGUGUCAAGAUGAAGAUCAUCAUUGCAGGAGGUGCUGGUUAUAUUGGCUCCCAUAUCGUGCGGGAGCUGUCGAAGCACUCUCACGAGCUGGUCAUUCUGGACAACCUAUCCACAGGCCACACACAAUCGAUCCCAAAGGGCGUCGCAUUCGAACAAGGUGACAUCCGCGACAAAGCCUUCCUCGAAACGGUCUUCUCCAAACACGUCCCCGACGCCGUCUUCCACUUCUCCGCCUCCAUCGAAGUCGCACAGAGCGUCGCGGACCCGCUGUCUUACUACGAAAACAACGUGUCCGGGACCAUCACCCUCCUGCAAGCGAUGCAGAAGCACAAGACAAAGUACUUCAUCUUUUCCUCCACGGCCGCGCUGUUCGGGAUGCCCGAGCGCGUGCCCAUCGAGGCGGACGAUAAGACGCACCCGAUCAACCCGUACGGCGAGACCAAGCUGGUGGUUGAGAAGCUGCUGCAGUCGUGCGACGAGGCGUUUGGGCUGAAGUCUGUGUGUUUGAGAUAUUUCAACGCGUGUGGGGCUGAUGAGGCAGGGGACAUUGGAGAGGACCAUACGCCCGAGUCCCACUUGAUCCCGCUGAUCUUGCAGGUCCCGCUGGGCAAACGGGAGAAGAUCUUCAUCUUUGGGGACGAUUACCCGACCGAGGAUGGGAGCUGUGUUAGGGACUAUGUGCAUGUCACGGAUCUGGCGUCCGGGCACGCUUUGGCCCUGGAGUACCUAGCGAAACACAACAUCUCCAACCGCUUCAACCUCGGCUCCGGCGAAGGCUACUCCGUCAAGCAGAUCAUCGAAGCAGCCCGCCGCGUCACGGGACAUCCCAUCCCUGCGGAAAUCAAACCAAGACGCGCCGGCGACCCCGCAACCCUGAUCGCAUCCUCGGAAAAAGCCGAAAAGAUCCUCGGCUGGAAACGCAAGUACGACACGAUCGACAGCAUCCUCGCGACCGCGUGGAACUUUCAUCAGAAGCAUCCGAAGGGGUUCUAGGGCGGAUUA